AUGCCUCCGCACCUCCACCCGCGGUCGCGCAUGACGACUUCACUCUUUGGAACGACGCUCAUGGUCUCAUUCCUCGUCGUCGCCGCUCCACAUCUGAUACCCUGCCCGGUCGACCCUCGCACACUCGCCGAUUCCGCAGACCCCACAGGAGAGAACAGGCGGAGACGGCGGCGGAGAGUGCCGGAAGACGAAAGCUGUAAUGGCGUCAUGAGCGAGGAGCGGAGGAGGCAGCGCCUGAUCGAAGAGAAAUUGGCGGCGAAGAGGGAAUGCCCAGUGCCCAAGCCUGGUGGUCUGAUUGGGCAGGUGCUGGGUGUACAAGAUGACGAGGGCAAAGAAGAGCAACAACUGACCAUCUUGCAACGAGUCGAGAAGAUGGUGUGCAAGCCCCGGGGAAAGAACGACAAUCAAUAA